AUGGCCUACCAGUUCUUUGCCAAAGCCCAACAGGCCAAGCGGUCUUCCUCCGCGUCUCCCCCGCUCCCUCAGCACUCCCCGCAAUCCUCGCGCAAUGCUCAUAAUCAGCCUCCCAAGUACCCUCCACCGAUAGUAGGAUCCUUGCAAUCGGUAGUAUCAGGGCAAUCGUCAGUCGAUGUAACCUCAAAAUUGAAGCCACCGAGCGCGAAAGACCCAUCCCUCCACCCUCCUGCGUAUCCUCACCCAAUCGAACCUGGCUACCCUACUCCGCACGAGCAUGUCACAAUAGAACCAGUCAGCACAGCUCAUAUCCCCUCGCUAUCUAGAAUUACCGGUCUCCUUCUACCCAUCCGCUAUCAUAGCUCUUUCUACACCGCUACAGUCACAGACCCCGUGAUCGCAUCCGUCUCGCGCGUGGCCAUAUAUCAUGAUCACCCGGUAGGCGCUGCACCACCGUCAGCGCCUGCUCAAGCACAAACCACAGGAACAGAUAAAGUGAUUGGUGGGAUUCGCUGUCGCUUGGAGCGGCUCCCCGAGUCUGCUCAGGAGAACAAGGUGCCGCAAUCAGGCCAGUCUCAGGAACCGACCAACCUGUACAUCCAGACACUACACCUGCUCUCGCCAUACCGUGGCUGCGGUGUUGCGGCGUCAUUGCUCAACUCGCUACUGUUCUCGUCCCCACCUCCCCUCCACUCGUCUUCACGACGCUAUGAAGUUUCAGACCUCGUGAAGCAUUACAACAUUCGUACCGUUACGGCGCACGUCCACGAGGCCAAUGAUGACGGACUAAAAUGGUACAUAGCGCGGGGAUUCCAUGUAGAGAAUGGUAUCAUCGAGAAUUACUACCGCCGACUGAAGCCGUCCGGCGCCAGGAUCGUCAAGCUAGAGCUGCAUUGGAGCAACAGCAAUGGCAACAAACCGAAAAAGCCAACCAACGAACCAUUUUCCGUAUCAGCGCCUCGCGAAAGGAAGGCAUCACCAGAAGCUGACGGCGAUUGGGAAAAGGUCGAGGCCGAGGACGUGGGCGACAUGGACGAAUUUGGUGUUCAUUCAGUCACCGAAUCUAAGCUGUUUGAAGCUGACGAGACCCCGAAAAGGAAGCGGAAGGCCGAUGACGAGCCCCAGAGGCAUUAA